UUGACUGGAGUUUGAGGAAGAAGAUGGGUGAGGGUCUGAAGCUGCCUAUCAUAGACCUGUCCUCGCCGGAUCGGAACUCCUCCGCCGAUUCAAUCCGUCAGGCUUGCAUAGUGUGUGGUUUCUUUUACUUGGUGAAUCAUGGUGUUGAGGAAGAGUUACUGGGCCAAGUUUUUUAUCAGAGCAGUAAGUAUUUUUCACUGCCUUUGGAGGAGAAGUCCAGAUUGGCGCGCAAGCAACACAGAGGCUACACAGCACUCUUUGCUGAGAAUCUUGAUCCCACUUCAAGCUCUAAAGGUGAUUCAAAAGAGAGUUUUUACAUUGGCCCUCUUGAAGAUGUAACACAAAAUAAGUUAAAUCAAUGGCCGUCAGAAGAUAUCCUUCCAUCCUGGAGCACAAUGGAAUACUACUUUAACCAAGUUCUUUCCACUGGGAAAAGAUUAGUACCUCUGAUUGCCCUGGCUUUGAACCUAGAUGAGGAUUUUUUUGAGAAAGUGGGGGGUCUGAAUAAACAUAAUGCAUUUCUUCGCCUUUUGCACUAUCCAGGUCAACUGGGAUCAUCUGAUGAAGAAGUACUUGGUGCUUCUGCCCACUCAGAUUAUGGGAUGGUCAUACUCCUGGUAUCCAAUGGUGUCCCAGGACUCCAGAUAUGUAGGGAAAAAUCUAAGCAACCACGGGUUUGGGAAGAUUUUCUUCACAUAGAUGGAGCAUUCAUUGUUAACAUUGGGGAUUUGAUGGAGAGGUGGACCAAUUGUUUGUUCCAGUCAACGGUGCACAGAGUUAUACCAGCAGGACAAGAACGCUACUCAGUAGCUUUCUUCUUAGAGCCCAAUGAUGACUCCGUGGUAGAAUGCCUGCCAAGUUGUUGCAAUGAAUCAUUUCCGCCAAGAUUUCCUCCCAUCAGCAGCGGAGACUACCUGCAAGAACGGCUUAGGCUUACAUAUGUCUCAGAAGAAUGACCGGAUUUAAUAUGUGGCACGACUUGGAUGAUUUCUUUGUUUUACUUAUCGAGUAAUAGAUAGUAGAACUAGCCAACUGGGUGAAGAAGUCCGGAGCCCUGAAAGAAGAAUUUGGCAUAUGGAUGUACUUUUACUCUUUUAGCGUGUGAAGCUUGCAGCAAUAUAUCCACACUUGAACCUCUUAUGUGUACACAAAUGUUACAAAAAAGGUCUUGGGGCACACAUGACACGCCGCGCACAAACUACCAACCAGGAUUGGCUUUUGGAUUAGACACUUGAUUCAGCAGCUAGCAACCUUUUAUUCUACAAAACUAAAAAGCAAUGGCGGAAAUGGCCAUCCCAGAGGAUCCAGAUACAUAUUAACCCUGUUGGGCGUCGACCGUCCCCAAAUUUCUUUGGCAAAUAUCCCCACUUUGUGAAUACCGGUAAUCUUCACUCACUUGCUGAAUUUGCAUCCAAUAACAGAAACACAAGGGCGGAGGCACGUAGGAACCUACCGGUUCCUGUGCACCAGUAAGGUGUAAUGUAUUUCUUUCUUUGACACAAGGCAUAUAUGAUUGUUUGAUGUAGUGGAUGGGU